AUGGCUGAUCUAUAUCCUUCAUUGGCACAAUGCGCCAUUGUUGCAGGUGCACUCAAGGUGCUACUUUUUCCCGCGUACAAAUCUACCGACUUUGAGGUCCAUCGCAAUUGGCUCGCCAUCACCAAUUCGCUGCCGGUCAAUGAAUGGUACUAUGAAAAAACCUCCGAGUGGACCCUCGAUUACCCCCCGUUCUUCGCGGCCUUCGAAUGGCUCUUGUCUCAAGCGGCUGCAUAUGUCGAUCCGGCAAUGCUGGUGGUGAAGAACUUAGGCUAUGACUCGUGGGAGACAAUAUAUUUCCAGAGAGCAACGGUUAUUCUGACUGAGCUGGUUCUAGUCUAUGCGCUGAGCCGAUUCGUCAAAUCUGCUCCCUUAGCGAACAAAUCGGCCGCCCAUAUAGCCAGUCUCUCUAUCCUCCUUUCGCCGGGUCUAUUCAUUAUCGACCACAUCCAUUUCCAAUACAAUGGGUUCAUGUAUGGGAUCUUGAUCCUGUCCAUUGUCCUCGCUCGUCGGCAAUCAAAGCUUCUUAGCGGAAUUGUAUUCGCGAUACUGUUGUGUUUCAAGCAUAUCUAUCUUUACCUAUCUCUGGCCUAUUUCGUCUACCUGCUACGUGUCUACUGUCUCGAUCCUAAGAACUUCCUCCGGCCCCGCUUCGGCAAUACCAUCAAGCUCGGAGUCUGUAUAGUCGGGAUCUUUGCAAUUGCAUUUGGACCAUUCGUGCAAUGGGGCCAGAUCUUCCAACUGAAAGAUCGACUAUUUCCAUUUUCGCGGGGGCUAUGCCAUGCGUACUGGGCGCCUAAUGUUUGGGCUAUUUACUCGUUCACCGACCGAGCUUUGAUUCCACUGGCACCACGCUUGGGAUUGUCUGUGCAGCAAGAAGCGCUCAAUAGUGUCACUCGCGGUCUCGUGGGAGACACAUCUUUCGCUAUCCUUCCCGAAGUCACCUCACAGCAAACCUUUGUGUUGACCUUCCUCUUCCAGCUUGUCCCUCUCGUGAAGUUGUGGCGCCAGCCUGACUGGGAUACUUUCGUCGGUGCCAUCACCCUCUGUGGCUACGCUUCCUUCCUGUUUGGUUGGCAUGUCCACGAAAAGGCCAUCCUCCUGAUCAUUAUUCCUUUCAGUCUCAUUGCCCUCAAGGACCGUCGUUACUUCAGCGCAUUCCGACCCCUCGCAGUUGCGGGCCACGUGUCUCUGUUCCCGCUGUUGUUUACAUCGGCCGAGUUUCCGCUCAAGACCGUUUACACCAUCUUCUGGCUUGUCUUGUUUCUUUUUGUCUUUGAUCGUGUCGCUCCGGUACCCGAGCGUCCGCGAAUCUUUGUCUUUGACCGUCUGUCUUUGCUGUAUCUGACCAUCGCGAUCCCGCUUAUCGUGUAUUGUUCCCUGCUGCAUCAGCUUAUAUUUGGUUUUGAACGGUUGCAAUUUCUGCCUCUAAUGUUUAUGAGCAGCUACUCUGCGCUCGGGGUGCUAGGCAGCUGGAUUGGAUUUAUGGUGGUCUACUUUACCGCAUAG